GUAGUUCACGAUUGAGACUGAAGAUGACAACACCUUCAACGCCGACGACGGUAAAUUUAGAAGAAUUGUCAAUGUCGGCGGCCGGAGCUCCCAAAACGGUGCUGAUAACCGGCGUGAGCAGGGGGCUGGGCAAAGCCCUAGCCCUAGAAUUGGCGAAGAGAGGUCACACCAUAAUCGGCUGCUCUCGUUCCCAGGAUAAGCUCAAUUCUCUUCAUGCCGAGCUCGCAUCCGCCUCCAGUUCCACAUCUUCUUCCCAAAUCAAACAUCUCAUCAUGAAAGUUGAUGUGAGGUCAAAUAGCAGUGUUGAAGAAUUGGCACAUGCUGUUAUGGAAAAGAAGAGCAUUCCUGAUAUUGUAGUUAACAAUGCAGGGACCAUUAAUAGGAACAACAGGCUCUGGGAGGUACCAGCGGAGGACUUUGAUAAUGUUAUGGAUACAAAUGUGAAAGGAGUAGCAAAUGUGCUGCGCCACUUCAUUCCACUUAUGAUUGACAAGAAGCAAGGAAUUAUUGUUAAUUUGUCUUCAGGAUGGGGAAGAUCAGCAGCUGCACAGGUAGCACCAUAUUGUGCUUCCAAGUGGGCUAUAGAGGGUCUGACAAAAUCAGUAGCUAAGGAGAUACCGACUGGAAUUGCAGUUGUUGCUCUUAGCCCUGGUGUUAUUAACACUGAGAUGCUUCAAUCAUGCUUUGGCAGUUCAGCUUCACUCUACCAGGCACCAGAGUCUUGGGCUCCAAAAGCAGCUACAAUGAUACUUAAUCUUACGGUGGCUGACAAUGGUUUAUCUCUUACGGUGUGAAACAUGCACCACCAAAGCAACAUGAUAGCAUUAGUUUGUGCAGAUGCCAUUUUAACCAGAUUUGUCUAAUCUAGCAGUUUAGGAUUUUUCUGAAUUACUUUAAUCUUGUAUAAGCCAGUCGAAGCACCUGAAGGUGAUGAUAUUACUAGGCAAUGAAGAGGAAAUGUUGAAAAUUAAGAGGAUACAUGAUGUAUUAUCUCACAUUGGAUUUAUUGUAGGAUCUCAUAAGCUCAUGAAAUUUACUAUUUGCCUCUGGCUAUUUGGUCUACAGAAAAUGAAACGACAACAUGUUUAUUAACAAUUUGAUGUUGCUUUUGGUUUAUGGAAGAUUACAUGUGGAUUGAUUAUGGUACAAAUUAUGUUCAAUUGCUUCCCUGAGUUUCCUUCCCAGUGCAAAAGCCAGCGGUGGAGGGACAGCAUUGCCAACCUGCCGGUGUUUAUGUAGAAUGCUGCCGGAAAAUUUGUAGCUAUCUGGAAAUCCCUGCAGAUACAAGGUAAAGAAAAGGGGGAAAACAUGGUACCUGGGAUCGAGCACAUUCUCGGACAGAAAUUAUCCUGUCUUGUUCAGGGUGAAAACACAUGCCAACCUUACCACCCGGAGUAGGGUCUGUAAUGGCUGUUGGGAAAUUUCCUUCCCAGUCCAACCUUCCAAAUAGGCCCUUCCAUUCAUUGUGUGUCUUGGCUGUGUUUUUCAGGAACCGGGGUACCAAAUUAGCCUCCUUUCCAUUUGACAAUUGAACCUGCAAGAGAAACCGGUUGAGCUAAAACACGAAAGCAACAGACAAUUAACGAUUGGACCUGGGCAAACAGUGCCAAUCAGCGCCUGGACAUUACAUAGUACGGAGUAUAUAAGCAUAGAAGAUUACCCUCACGCAUGGGAGAUCACGCCAAUCAGCGCCCGGACAUUUGGGGAUCUUCUGACAUCUGGUGAGAUUCAGCUGAUUCAUUUCCUUUGAAAUGUGGUCUAUCAAGUGUACCAUGUCUCCUCGGACCCUCUUUUGGAACCAGGAAAGAGGCUUGCCUUCAUACUAAGUUACAAACCGAUUGAGGACUGCAAGAUAUACAUACGACAGAAAAAGAACAUAAUGUUGAAAAGCGUAUUGUACCUCCAUGGUUGUUGCUGAUGCCCCGCUUCUGACUGCUGGGAGAUCUGCUAUUGUAUCUCUGACAGUGAUAGCACGGAAAGGGGCACCACCUGCAGUGCUACGAACAGCAGUAUAAUGAGCAUUGCCAACCGAAUCUAAUUGAAUCCUGAGUUCAGGACCUGAAAAGACAUGCAUUGGCUCGGGCCAUUCAGGAAGCGUGGCUUCUGGACAAGCUGCCCAUAUGAAUGCACGUUUGCGUGUCUGAGCUAUACCAUACGCCCCGCCUUCCAAUACUCCAAACCUCACCUUCGACUCCAAACAAAAAGGGAAAGGACGAUGGAAAUAGAAGAACAGCAAGGAGGCAAAGAAUAAAACAUCCAAAUUAGACCUCCAUGUUACAAACUUAAAUACAUUUCACCACAUAUGUAUAGAAACUGUCAAACUUUCAAGUUUCAACUAAAAUCUGCCACAAAUUAUGAGAAAGGAAGCUCCAUUCACUCCUUAUUCUAUA